AUGGAAAACGAUGAAUCAACAACUUCUGUUUCUUCUUUGGCAUUAGGUGGUGCUAUAACGGGCAUAUUUGUGCUUAUUUUUUCAAUUAUUUAUUUAUUCUUUCGAUCACCUUCAUCAUCGAAAACGGAAGAAAUAAAAACUGAAAAUUGCAUUAAAUCUGAAACUGAUCGAAAGAAACUAACAACAAAAUCGACAACAUCAAAACCUACAAAGCAAGAUACAAAAGGAACAGCAAAAUUUGUACAUCCAUGGUUAUGUGCAUCAUUACGAGGUCAUUCAAAUCCAGUAACUGGUUUAAAUUUUAGUCAUAAUGAUAAAUAUCUUGCAUCAGUUGCUGAAAAUGAUAGUGUUCUUUUAUGGCCAACAAAAGAUUUCGAUGGGAAAGAACAUAAACAUACUCGUGUAAACAUUGAAUUUGAUCAAGCGCGUCAUGUUAUAUUUAGUCCAGACGGAAAAGCAUUUCUUAUUAAUUUAAUAAAAGACAAUAUUAUUCGUGUAUACAAAUUUGAAAAACGUGCUGAUGGUUUAAUAACAAAUGCUCAUGCUGUUUUAGAUUUUCCUAAAAAAAAUGAAAGUCCUAUUGUUGCUAUUGGUAUUGCUUGUACUGGAAAAUUUAUUAUAUCAGCAGAAGUUAAUAAUAAAAUCAUUUUAUUUGAUACUAAAGGUGAUGUUCUUGAUACGGUUGAAACUCGUCAAGGUCAUUUAAAUUACGCUGCUGUAUCUCCAUGUGGUCGUUUUUUUGGUUCAUCUGGUUUUACUAGCGAUGUUCGAUUUUUUGAAGUUUGUUUUGAAAAGUCCAAUGGAAAUUUUAAAGAAAUUCGAAAAGCAUUUGAACUUAAAGGACAUAAUGCUCAAGUGUCAUGUUUUAGUUUAAAUAAAGAUUCAACCCGGGCUGCAACUAUAUCAAAAGAUAAUACAUGGAAAUUAUGGAAUACCGAUGUUGAUUAUAUACAUAAACAAGAUCCAAAAUGUUUAUAUACUGGUACAUUAUUAUAUAAUAUUGAAAAUUUAGGUUUAAUUGUUCUUUCACCUGAUGCUUUAUCAACGGUUAUUUCAAUUGAUAAUCGUCUUAUGUUUUAUAAUUUAAGUAACGAAGAAAAAAAAUGUGAACAAGAUAUUGAAAAUGUUCAUUCAGACACUAUUCGAGUUUUAAUAAUGGAUAGUACAGGAAAAUAUGUGGCGUCAGCUGGUGAUCGACAAAUUCGAAUAUUUCAUAAUAUUGCUGGAUUAAAAGGAUUAAUUGAUGAUUUGACAGAAAAGGCUCAUACAGCAAAACAAUUAACAUUAAAAGAACGUAUUGAAGAACAAAUAAACGAUGCACGGUCAAAAAUUGAUAAGAUUCUAAGUGGUGCUUCUUAA